UUUUUUAAUUCUUUCGUUUCCGAUUAUAUAAAUUAAUAUAUAAUGAUAAUUAAUUUAGGUGUUUGAGGCGUGAAAUCCAUGAUUUUCAUUUUUUUUCCUGUCCGCAUCUGCGCGAGUUUGAUCCGUGGUUUUUUCUCAUUUCUGUUUCGGUUUUGAUUUCGCGGUAUCUUUUUGUUUAGUGCGUAGCUGGGGUGGAGGAAGGAAAAGGUACAGCCUAAUUCUGUGCGAUUCCGGCGAAAUAAGUACGAUGGCUAAUGUAAUUCAGGACGGUGAUGGAUCCCCUCGGAUUAUAUUGUCGGAGCCCAUUGGCUCUACGGUUGAGGUCCUUUUGUAUGGUGCGCAGGUGGUCUCUUGGAAGAAUGAAAAAAGAGAAGAGAUGCUCUUCACGACCAAUAAGGCUUUAUGGAAGCCAGGUAAGCCUGUCAGGGGUGGAAUAUCCAUUUGCUUCCCACAGUUCUCAAAUCUUGGUUCAAUGGAGCAACCUGGAUUCGUAAGGAAUAGAAUGUGGUCAUUGGACAGUUCUCCUUCACCUCUGCCCCCAGCCAACAACCAGUCAACCGUGGAUCUGAUGCUAAAAUCCACAGAAGAGGAUCUAAAGUCCUGGCCACAUAGAUUUGAGUUACGUAUGCGAAUUUCUCUGAGUGCUGGCAAGCUUACCGUGAUCCCUCGUGUGCGGAACACUGAUAGCAAGGCAUUCUCAUUCACAUUUGCUUUGUGCAAUUAUCUAUCUGUAUCUGAUAUCAGUGAAGUGCGUGUUGAGGGCUUGGAGACACUUGACUACUUUGAUAAUUUGUUACAAAGAGAAAGGUACACAGAGCAGGCAGAUGCAAUUACUUUUGAUGGGGAGAUUGACCGAGUGUAUUUAUACACUCCAACAAAGAUAGCCGUAAUAGACCAUGAGAAGAAGAGAACCUUUGUACUUCGCAAAGAAGGCAUGCCUGAUGCAGCUGUAUGGAACCCUUGGGACAAGAAAGCAAAGGCUAUUCCAGAUUUCGGCGAUGAGGAUUACAAAACAAUGUUAUGCGUUGAUUCUGCUUCUCUUGAAACGCCUAUAGCCUUGAAACCCUGUGAAGAGUGGAAGGGCCGUCAAGAGCUGACAGCUGUCUCCUCAAGUUACUGCAGUGGACAAUUAGAUCCUCGGAAAGUUCUUGGGUUCAAGUGAUUGAAUUUGGUGCACUUGAGGUUCUAUUAUCACUCAUCUUUUGCAUUAUGUAUAGUAUGAGUUUGUUUUUUUCUUCCUUUCUUCUUUUCCUUUUUCUAUUUGUUUCUUUUUUUGGGGUCUCUGUAUGCAGACAACCAUUUCUGGCGUAACAUCUUUUGGUGAUUUAAGUAGUAGUAUAUAUAUAUGGGUAUAUGAGCUGCUUGUU